AUGGGCUCCAGACUCAUCGAAUCACUUCAACACGCAGCGGGAAGAAACCAAGAGUUACUCACCAUCCUCUCCCAAACCGACAAUGCACCCACAGCCCUCAAGCAAAACACAACAUACAUCACCGACCUCCAAACCCGCAUCGCAGACACAGACAAGGAAAUAAAACGCCUGCACCGCAUCACCGAGGACGAACGCAAAGACCACAUCAAAUACGAGGAAAGCACUUUUACGCGCUACAUGUACAAGCUGCGCGGCAAAAAGGGCGAAGCAGCGUUUGCAGCCAAAGCCAACAAGGAAGAAAAGGAAUUUGUCGAGGCGUGGCAGAAGGAGAGAGAGACGCAAGAGUCGCAUAUGGAGCUGACUGCUGCGUUGAAGGCUGCUGAGAACGAACAGCAUCGUCUGCAAGCUGAAACUGCGAGACACGAUCAAGCGCAAGGCGAACUGGAUAGAUUGUAUUCGUCCAUCUUUGACGGUCCUACCCCAGAGGUCCCUGGCGAGGAUCAAUUGGAGUCGAGCCUGCAACGCAACAAGCGAUGGGCAGACAGCAGCAUCCAACACCAAAACCUGCAAAGGAGAGCUGCAGAGGCUCUGAACGCAACACUGCAAUGUCUGCAGCGCGCAAACAGAGACAUGGCCGAAGCAAUCGACAUGUCCCGCUGGGACAUGUUCGGCGGCGGCACCUUCGUAGACAUGAUGGAACGAGACGCGCUUUCCAAAGCUCAAGUCGGUGUCUCUGAAGCUUUGCGCCAUAUGGAUGAGGCCCGCCGCUGUCAACCCGCCAUCCCGCCUUUGCACAACAUCAACAUUGACAAUGGACAUAUGAUCAGCGAUGUCUUGUUCGACAACAUUUUCAGCGAUAUGGCGCAGCAUGACCGUAUCAAGAAUUCGGCGGCGCAGUUGCAGAUGGCGAUCAAGCAGUGUACAGAGUUGCUUGAAAAGCAGAAGCGCACGUAUCGUGAUGCUGCUGCGCAGAGUGCUCAGGCGAACGAGGCGACUAAUGCUGCUCGUCUUGAGUUGCAGCGGAUCAGAGCAGAGGCGUUUGAGAGGUUUGCUGGUCAAGGUGCGCCGCCGUCGUUCCAGGCUUCUGUGCAAUAUGUUCCUCCACCAGCGUAUUGA